GUCAGUUAAAAGAGAAUCUUAGUGGACACACUCACUAUAUAGCCUUCCUCUCAUCUCUGCUUCCCCAUUUCAUCAGCCUGCCCUCUGCUUUUGUGGUCUGAUGAUCUGCACCUAGUUGCCGUAAAUCUUGAUUCAGCUCGUGAAACGAAUGGGUGCGGUAGACUGUUUCAGGGCAAUAAUCUGCCGGAAGAAGGCGAAGGUAGAAAGAACGAAACAAGCUAAGGCAGGAUCAGCUACUCCUGCAAAAUCAAACGGCUCCAUAUCAAGCAUUCAUGCUCCAAGACAAUCAGGUGUUCCUGGGAAGUCGGUUGAGGAUAUAGCUGCAGUUAGGAUUCAGACGGUAUUUCGAGCGUAUCUGGCAAGAAGAACCUUGUCUCGAUUGAAAGGCGUGGUGAGAUUCCACGUCCUGACCCGAGGACAACCUGUGCAAGAGCAAAUCUCAAGCACAUUGAACUGUAUGCACUCGUGGAGCAGGAUCCAAUCCCAGAUCAGAGCUCGGCGUUUUUGCAUGGUCACUGAGGCAAGGCUGAGGCAGAAGAAAUUGGAAAAUCAGCUCAAGUUCGAAGCCAAACUACACAAGCUAGAGGUUGAAUGGUGCGGAGAGUCCGGGACAAUGGAAGAGAUCCUUGCAAGGAUCCAGCAGAGGGAAGAAGCAGCAGUCAAGCGGGAACGAGCCAUGGCAUAUGCCUUCUCUCACCAGUGGAGAGCAAACGCGAGCCAAUACCUUGGCCAGACUUCUUACUGCAUCGACAAGGAGAACUGGGGAUGGAGCUGGUUGCAGCACUGGGUAGCUGCAAGGCCGUGGGAGUUUCGGGUUGAGACCAACCCUCUGAACAAGGGACGGAUCAGACAAGUGAGCCGAUCGAACAAGUCAAAACGUAUCCCUGAACUCAUAAUCCCAGUCCCAGAAAAUCCCGGGAUGUGUAAUCUUUACUGAAAACUCGAUUGACCUGAUUGUUUCUUUCCGAUGGUGUUGUUGUAUUAUUAUUCGAGGAAUUCAAGAGCUUGCUCGUGCUACGGAUCUGUGCUUGUAUUUCAAUUCAAACUGCCAUCAGUAUCAAGUUCUUUUUUGGCUUGAA